AUGUCAACUUUCGAUGGCAUCAUUCACGAAUUCCCUGAUAUUAGAGUUGACUUCUUCCGUGGAUUCAAACUUCGGCCUCCGUUGGCUUGUUUCUUAAGCCAUGUCCAUAGCGAUCACCUCGCCGGGCUCGAUACGCUUAGAAGUCCUUUUGUUUAUUGUUCGGCCGCCACAAGGGAAAUCUUGCUCCGACUUGAAAAGUAUCCUUGCCGACUGAAUUAUGCUAAAGGAAUCCUCGAGGAUCCACGAAUGCAAACAUAUAAGCAUCUGGCCAAAGUACUAAAGCCCAUUCCUCUGGAUACCCCCACCAAGAUCGAGCUAGAUCCCACCCAGACCAUACAAGUUACACUCCUAGAUGCAAACCACUGUGCUGGUGCAGUUAUGUUUCUGAUUGAAGGCAAUGGCAACGCUGUAUUAUAUACAGGGGACAUUAGGAGCGAACCUUGGUGGGUAAAUUCUAUUGCUAGAAACCCUAGUAUGGUAGAGUACUCUACCGGACUGAAAACGCUUGACCGUAUAUAUCUCGAUACUUCGAUAUUGAACAACUUCCCUCUACAGACUAAGGCGGAUGGGCUCCGCGAGCUUCUAGAAAAGGUUGCACGCUAUCCAAAGGAUACUAUAUUCCAUAUGCAAGCAUGGACUUACGGAUACGAAGAGGUCUGGAUUGCCUUAUCAAAAGCUUUAAACUCCAAGAUUCAUGUCGAUAAGUACAAGAUGGGUGUUUAUAAAUCCCUUGCCAUCAAAUCAUCAGAUAAUCGCUACACUACUCAGACUCAUUUGACUAAGGAAGCUCCAUAUCUUGUGGGCUUCACCUGUGGUAACAAUCAACGGGAGGGGUGCCUAACGCUAGACGAAGAUGUGCGAAUUCAUAGCUGUGAGAAAGGGAUGGGUUGUAAAGUUAUGGAGACCAAGCCCAUCGUGUGGAUCCAGCCAAUUGUCGCACAUCUUAAGAAUGGGCGAGACAUGGCUGAAGUGGGCAUUGGUGGAGGCGGGGACGACCUUGCACAGAAGCCAACUCUUGAAACGGAGGGCAUUCGAGCUUUGUUAGACUUAAUCAAACAAAAAGGAGAGGUACUGGGUGAUCUAGAGCCUGCGAUUACGCAAUUCCUUCAGAAAGCGCUAGUCGUUUCUAGAGACGUCGACCUCGAUAUUGGGAGGUUUAGCUUCAAGGAAGAGUAUUCCUUUACAGAAAUAGUUAACUCGCUUGCUAGGAGAGUUGAAGAGAUCCAAAAUCCGGUGAACAAGAUCAGAGGAGAAGACCAGCCUGACGUCCUUACAAAUCAAAUCGCAUUCCCAUACGCUAGGCAUUCUUCUUUGCCCGAGCUUCGGCAUUUUGUUAAGACUUUUAAGCCCACCGAUAUUUGGCCAUGCACAGUGGAUCCGAAAUCUUGGGCAAAAGAGGGCUUUACCAUAAGAAAGCUUUUCGGAGAUAUCUGCACUGGUGAUGUUUUCCAACACGACCUGCUGAUGGACGAAGCAUCGGGACUACGGCCCAAGGUGCAAGGAGAAGAUGAAGAGGAAAACCCACCUGAUACCCAAUCGACGACUGCUUUCCACGCAGACGUUCCCUCCAGCCCAGUAAUCCCACCCUCCGGUGCCCCUGGGCGCUACGGAUCUAACGGUGGAAAUAAUGUACCUGAAAGAAUAACUUCACUCAUGAGGGGCCAACUGCAGCAUCGAAGCCCUAUCAUAUCGCUUCCACGCCGUUAUUUGCAGACCUCUCAGACGCAGGUGGUACAAGCCUCCUUUUAUUCGUCUCGAAAUAAGCGCGACUACAAUUCCUUCCAAGACGGCCAAGAUGCACAUCUCAAAGACGACGACGAAGAAAGUGAAUUCAACAUUCAGGACUCACAGGGUUCAGAAAUAUCCGACUACGCAUACGAGACUAGGUUGCGCGCUUAUCAAGCGGCCCGGGCCAACAUGAAGGAUGAUGGCACUUGGAGAACUAUAAAUCUCAUCUCUACCACGGAUAAUCACAGCACAGUUGAGCCGGAGCUAUGA